CCUUCACAGACUCCCACUCCAACCCCGCUUCAGAUACUCAAGGAGAUUUAGCACCCAGAUUUCGGUUAUCAAGACAUUAUUAAUUUAUUUUUAUUAUUGACUUAAUCCCUGAUGAGGUGAGAAAGAUGGCUUCUUAGUGUACUGUGGCUGCUGAUAUUUGUUUUUGCUGGAGAGUGCUUAUUACUGUGUGACUUUUUGAAUCUGCCAGCGGUGUAUUCUACUGGAGUACCUUCACGUCUUCGGACUUUCUCAACCUGCAACCCAAUGCUGACUGAACCGUGUGGAGCCAUGACAAUGGGGUCAGAUGUUCGAGAUCUGACUCUCUUACCUCCAGGACCCCCAGUGCCGUCCCUACCAGGAACUGGUGGUGGCUGCGGAAUGUCUGUUGGCAGCGGCCAGUGGACCCAACUGUUGGACCUCCAUCCUGGCUCUCCCUACAGCUCCCUGCCCUCCCACCACUCCCUCAUCAAGCAGGAACCAGGUUGGGGGGCCACUGACCCUAUAGAGGACCCUCACUGUGGACUUGGGGCAUUCACAGUGCACUUCUCAGGCCAAUUUACAGGAUCAGGCCCCUGCCGGGUCGGGGCAUUUGGAGAACCGACUGCAGGGGUUUUUCCCAAUGGAACCUACCUGCCUGGCUGUGUGGACAGUCCCCCUGCACCCAGGAACCAGGGUUAUGGAGCCAUGGGUUUUGACAGCAACCCCAGUUACGGUCACACUCCAUCUCACCACAACCCUCAGUUCCCCAGUCUGUCCUUCAAACAUGAAGACACACAGUCACCACCAAACAACAUAGUUGACCAGCAGUACCCGGGUCCUCCUCCUGUGUUUGGUUGUCACAAUCCUUCAGAAACCUGUCCGAGCAGCCAAGCUCUGCUGCUGAGAAACUACAACAGUGAUAACCUGUACCACAUGGCAUCUCAGCUGGAGUGUGUAACAUGGAACCAAAUGAACAGUCUUGCAUCUUCCAUGAAGAGCAGUGGCCAUGCAACUAACUAUGACACUGAACCCAUAGCACCGCCCCCACCCAUGCUCGUCAGUGCCCAGUACCACAUACAUGCACACAGUGUCUUCAGAGGACUUCAGGAUGUUAGACGGGUACCUGGUAUUCCUCCUCCGGUUGUGAGGUCAUCAGACGCCAAUGAGAAGCGUCCAUUUGUGUGUGCUUAUCCUGGCUGCAGCAAGAGAUACUUCAAACUUUCACAUCUGCAGAUGCACGGCCGCAAACACACAGGAGAGAAGCCUUAUCAAUGUGAUUUCACAGACUGCGGCCGCAGAUUUUCUCGCUCGGAUCAGUUGAAGAGACACCAGCGCAGACACACAGGAGUGAAGCCCUUUCAAUGCGAGACAUGUCAGAGAAAGUUUUCACGGUCAGACCACCUUAAGACGCACACUCGGACUCAUACAGGUAAAACAAGUGAGAAGCCCUUUACCUGCCGCUGGUCCAACUGUCAGAAGAAGUUUGCCCGCUCUGACGAGCUGGUGCGCCACCACAGCAUGCACCAGAGGAACCUGACCAAGCUGCAGCCUGCCAUCUGAGCAGGGAAAGGAGGAGGAGGACAAAGAGGAAGGUGACAAUAUGUUGUGCCAGCUAGUAGAGAAAGACACUUGGAGCCUGGUCAUGGGUUAUGGUGCCAUGCCAGACUUGCGGUGCUGGUGAGCACAGCUGAUGCCUCCCUCAGCCACGAGACUUCUGGAGAACAGACUUACUGAGGAUCCACAAGAUCUUCAAGAUGCACCUCAACUAGCACUCAUUUUGUUUAUUUGACAUUAAAUCUUUGAAAGGGUAAAAUAGCAGUCUUUCUGAGCCAAGAAGAAGAAUUGAAUAUGAGAUGAGGAAAAUGUUGAUUCACUUUUUUUGAUACUUUAGUACACUUGCACUGGCUUCUUGUUUUAUUGCUAAAAUUGUGUCACCUUGAAAAUGUGCUGGACCAUGUAAACUGGAUUUAGGUAAUGGACAAUGUGUCACUUUUUGUCCAUGAAUUUGAACACAUGUUUUUCACAUAUUAUUUUUUAUUUUUUGC